AAAGUUAGAUAGUUAAUAGCAGCCAGUUAAAUAGCAAAAUGACUCAAGUGUUUGGGAGUUACCUGAUACAGGACAUUUUUCUCCUCUACCCUUUGCUCCGUAGGAUAGAGUCACCUAAAAUGCUGCGAGUCUACAGUGGCAUUUUAAAUCAGUUGGAAAUAGAAGAGGACACCUCUUUCUUUGCGGUCCAAGAAAUAAUAAUCCAUGAUCAGUAUGAAACAGCAGAGAGUGGAUAUGACAUUGCCUUGUUGAAACUGCAAGCAGCAAUGAACUACACGGAUUUUCAACGGCCCAUAUGCCUGCCUUCCAAAGCAGACAGGGACGUCCUGUACACGGAUUGCUGGGCGACUGGGUGGGGCUACCGGAAAUUCAGAGACAAAAUACAAAAUACUCUCCAGAAAGUCAAGAUCCCCUUGGUGACACGUAGCGAGUGCCAGGCACACUACAGCGGACACAGAAUAACCAACAAGAUGAUCUGUGCAGGCCACCAGGACGGAGGGAAGGACGCUUGUAAGGGAGACUCGGGAGGCCCCCUGUCCUGCAAACACAAUGAGGUCUGGUAUCUGGUGGGCGUCACAAGUUGGGGCGACGGCUGUGCCCAGAGAGGGCGCCCCGGUGUCUAUACCAACGUGGUCGAGCAUGUGGACUGGGUUUUGGAAAACACUCAAGCGGCGUGAAUGCGUCCCCAGGGGCCGUUUGGCUCUGUGAAGGGCAAGCCCAGACGGUCCCUGGAAGAGGGCUUUGAUUUCCCUAAAGAAGACACAGGGUCCCCAUUUGCCUCCCCAGGGGACAAUCCACUGCAGUAACAAAUGGAAGAGGCUUGGUGUUUGCAAGAAUAUACCAAAAGAAAACAAACAGUCCUUUUCAAAAGUUCCUGUGCCAUGGUGAUCACAGCUUGUUUUCAGCCACUUGGUGUGUGAUCACUCUUCUGCCGAGACAAAGAAAUAGCGUAAGGGACAUUUUUGAAGAUUAAAAAUACAGCUAGAUAGGCCUGGGAAGAAUAGAGUAGAGGCACCAAAGGAUGACAGCUUCUAAUACAGGGUCUGGAAGUCGUGUAUGUUGGAAUGAAUAGGAGUUUCAUGAGCAACUUCUAAUGAGGCAAUUCCGUGGAGGGCGUGGCCCUAAAGAUGGUCGUUUUAUAUCAUUAUCACUUAAUUCUAUGCAAUAAAAGUUAAUAUGGACAUUUCAGAAUUAAGCAAACAGCUUGUUACAAGGAUAUUAUAGACCUAAAAUUGAGGAGGCCCAGCCAUCAGUGAUUAGUAUUGUCAAUAAUAGUAGUCGAGUUGUUUUGAUUAACAAGAAUAUCGCAACAUCAACCCCUUACCACACACCCAUUGUUGCUGGCUGCCGUACUCUCAGCUUUGCUUCUUGUUAUGCCUCUUACCCCUGGUUACACCAUGUAAGAUAAGGUACUAUCUCCCCCAUUACAAAGGAAUAGAAUGCUGAUUUUUCCGAGAGAGAAAGAAACAUUCCUUUGUAAAUAUUUUCAACUCAAUUCUCCAUUCCCCCACAAGAUGGCACUUUCAACCUCUUUUUGCUACGUGUAUGCCAUGGCAUCUGGUCGGGAUGCACCUAAUUUAUAAGGGACUUAAACAAAUUCGAGUGUGCAUAACAUCCGUAAAUGUGUCACCAACUUCACGGCUUCCAUUCCAAGUUGCUUUACUUUUCAAGCAUGACUUUUGUGGGCGUCUAGUCCCGAGGCAGCCGCUUCUCCUUCAAACCCUGGGCUCCAGGACCCCCAGCUUUGGGACAUCACUGCCCUUUGCUGACUAACCAUUGAGAGCCCCCAACAGCGGGCUCACAGUGGAUGGUGUGGACCAAAGCGACCUCCUCCAACACCUGCAGGGCUGCAGGGGGAGGGCUUCCCUGCAUAACACUGUGCCAUCCCGGCGGCCCCUUGCCGCCUUGCUGAGUCCUGUGGUGCAGAGCUGCUCUUUACCACGUCUUUGUAAAUGGUGCCCCCUAAGUUGCGGCAGCUCUCCCCACCUGUUUGCCACCCCCAGCCCCCCUGGUCUCUCACCGCCCCCACACCUGCCCACCUGGGCAUGUGAACAGAACCCUCUAUCUCCAUCGCUCAGAAUAUUGUUGAGAUCAUGUAGCAAUAUUUAAAAGCUUUUUUGUUGAAUACUGAGGGCUUGUGAUAACUGAAAAAAUAUGGUCCCACUCUGUACACACACACACACACGCGCACACACACACACACACACGCACAGGUGGAUUUGGAUACAAUCACUUGGACAUGUCAGGACCAAGUUCCUCUGUAGAGGGUCCCUCACUGGCUUGCAGGGACCAGCUUGAGCAUUCUCCAGCCACAGGUCCCACAGGAGCAAAAGCAGAUUUAAUGGGGCCAAAAUUGUACUACUCUGUGACUUCGACAUAGAAAGUCUCUUAGAGGCAAAACUGAUCAUUUUAUUUGGCUUGUCCUUUCAUGUGGUCAGAGAAAAGGCCUGAGGUACGAAUUUUUCCUGACUGGUGGACAGUGUUGAAUAAGCUGGCCAACGAGCUAGGGACUUGGGGGACAAAAGUGAAAUAAUGCUGGCGGGGGGAAAAAAACUCUGGGGAAAAGGGAGGUAGGUGCAAGACUUCAGAGGGUGACGCAAAAUCGUGAUAACUGCCAAGCCUGACCACGAGAGGGCGCUGGUGUUCCAUGAAUCGAAUGCCAACUCCAUACUCCACAGAGUUGAAACAGAAAUUACGUGAAGCCUUCAAGUGUCAUUCUCCUCUCAGUCCUUACGCUACCUCCUAUUUUAGCCCUCCUGUUUUCAAAUUUUACUGGAUCCCAAUCCCAGCUUGUGCUCCCUGUAACAAAAUUAUAAUUCAGACCCGCUAGGAAGGCAGAUUUAGGCGUGGUGGGACACCAGAGAGGGGCAGAUGUUUUCUAUCUUCAUCCGGCUGCCACCAAGCUCACCUGGAGACGUCUGCCCGGCCUGGGCAACGCAGGACCGGCUGGAAACGCCGCCCCAGUUCCACCUUUAUGCCACGAAGCCAAAAUCGCCUCCUUGGAAAUUAAAAAAAAAACCUUCAGAAAGUGGGUUCAGAUGUUGACUCCGGAAAGAGGUG